AUGUCCACCUGGCGCCCCGGCAAACGAGUAGCUAUCGCAGGCGGUGGACCCGGUGCUAUAUCCACAGCGUUGGCAUUCAUCAAGCGUGGCUACGACGUGCGAGUAUUCGAGCGUCAAACCGAAUGCCGCGCUAUCGGAGGCGCGGUUCUCCUCUCUAUCCCUGUGCUUGCGAUUCUGCGCUCCUACGGAAUCAGCCUCGAGAACUUCGGAUCCUAUACCUCGACCUACUUCAAGAACAAAUGGGGUAAGGAACGGGCCCUGCUGCCCUUCAAUGCAGAAGUCGAAAGACGGAUGGGCAUCAAGGGUUGGCAAUAUGGCGUCUUGCGAUCAUCUGCUUUUCAAAAAAUGCUCGACCUUGUCCCCAAGGGCGUCAUUUUCUGCAGUCACGAAGUGACGGGAUACGAAGAGGUCGAAGGUGAGGUGGAAGUCAAGUUCAAGGAUAGCAACAUCAAACCAAUAAAGGCAGAUAUCCUGAUCGCAGGAGAUGGUAUUCGGUCCGCCGUUUCGCGUCAGGCAUUUGGUGACCCACAGCUAUUCCACACAGGCAUCCGGCUUUGGCUCGCGUGGUGUGAUCACAUCCCCGGAAUUCCUGCCAACACCGGUGUCAUCUCGCACGACUGGCAAUACCAAGCGAGUUUCUUUCCUAUGUUGCAUGACGGGAAGCCAGGGUUCGAGUGGUGGGUUGUCGAGCCGGGGUGGGAAGGAAAGCCGCUUCCUGAGGAUCCCAAGGCCCACGUAGAGAAUAUUCUACAGGGCUGGUCGGAUCCCAUGCGGCAACUGGUGGAAGCCACUAAUUUUAAUAUGCAAGUAUAUCGGUGGGACAUCUACAAUCGGCCAUCGAUGAAGAAGUGGUCUUCAGGAAGGAUUGUGGGUGUGGGAGAUGCGGUGCACCCAGUUUCGCCAUAUGCGGCGUACGGAAUGGGCAUGGCCAUCGAGGAUGGUUAUUAUCUUGCCAAGGCGCUCGACGGAGUUGAUCUACGGGAUUUGAGGGCUGUCAGCGCGGGCUUUGAGUUGUUCGAACAACAACGUGUGGACUAUGUCAAUCAUCACAUGGAGUUUGCUCGGUUUUUGAGUUAUGUGUUCCAUAACUUGCCUUGGCCGUUGGCGAAGCUGAGAGACUUGGUGUUUGAUUAUACACCAUUUUUGAAGACAUUGCUGCAGAAGUCGUAUUUGAAAAGAUCGGAGGAUGAAACAAUGGAUCUGAAGGAGCUUCAUGUCGUUUAG